GAGGUCACUUCCGGCGCUCUGUGGCCGUUGUUUCCGGUGGGGCCCGGCCCGGCGGCGGCGGGAUGGGGAACGGAGAGGCUGCUGCCGGCGCCGCCGCCUGACCCGCCGUCCUCCGCCUCCUCCGCCAUGGUGUCCGUCACCAUGGCGACAUCCGAAUGGAUUCAGUUUUUCAAGGAAGCCGGAAUUCCCCCGGGCCCCGCCGUCAACUACGCCGUCAUGUUUGUGGAUAACAGGAUCCAGAAGAACAUGCUGUUGGAUCUCACCAAGGAGCUCAUGAACGAGCUGGGCAUCACGGUGGUGGGCGACAUCAUCGCCAUCCUCAAACACGCCAAAAUCGUCUACCGGCAGGAGAUGUGCAAAGCGGCCACCGAAUCGCUCUACCCCGGCUCCCCGCCGCUUCAAGCCGAGCCGCGCCGCAACGCCGCCAGCGCCGCCAGCCGCAUGAUCGCCAACAGCUUGAGCCGCGACUCGCCUCCCGCCGCGCCCCCCCUCCUCCGCCAACGGCCCCCCGCUUCCAAAAUCUCCGUCACCGUCUCCAACAAUCCGGGCGCCGCCAAGGCAGGUUUCUGCGGCGGGGCGGAGGAAAAUCCCGCCAUCCCGGGAAAACGGCGGCGGGUGACGGCGGAAAUGGAAGGGAAAUACAUCAUCCACAUGCCCAAGGGCACCACGCCGCGGACGAAGAAAAUCCUGGAGCAGCAGGCGGCCAAAGGUCUGCAGCGGACGUCUGUCUUCGACCGGCUGGGAGCCGAAGCCAAAGCGGACGCCGCGGCGGGAGGGAAGCCCAGGGGGGUCUUCAGCCGACUGGGUGACGCUUUGGGGCCCGAGGGGGACGAAGCCCCCGAGAGCGACGACGACGACGAUUCCUCUUCCGUCCUCCAAUACGCCGGCGUCCUAAAAAAACUCGUCAAACCCUUCCGGAAGGAAAACGCGGAAUCGGAAGGGAAAGCGGAAAAGAAAAUCGUCGGGUCGGAAGCCAAAAAACCCCUCGUCGGUGCCAGGAAUGUCGCCGGGAUCCGUAAACCGCCGCCGCCGUCGCCGCCGGCUUCCCAGACGGUAUCGGGAGAAGCCCAGGAUAGCGUCGUCACCAGCAGCAAGGAUAAAACGGAACGGGAAUUCCGGGUGACCAUCAAAAGGACCUGGGGAUGCGGGAAGGUGAGCAGCACCAGCGAGAGUCCCGGAGCGCAGAUGGACAGUGCCGGCACCGUCAGCGUCUUCAAACGCCUCGGGAAGAAACCGGAUUGAUUCCCACUCUUUUCCCGUCGCCAUCCUUCCCACUCGUCCCCGACGGUUUUCCGCUCGUCCCCGACGGUUUUUUCUGCUCGUCCCCACGGUUUUCCGCUCGGUCCCGCCCACUCUGUUCAACCCUCCCGAGCCUCAUCCCGCUUUUCCCCUUUGGCUCAUCCCUUGACAAGCGUUAGGGGAAAUCCCGCCGAAAUGAGGGGAAACGACCCUAAUCCCGCCGGGAAAGGGUGUUUAUCCCACAGGGAGAGGCUUCGUCCCGCGGGGAGACGCUAAUCCCGUGGGGAAAGGACCCUCAUCCCACUGGGAAAAGGACCCUCGUCCCACGGGGGGGAUGCUUCAUCCCGCGGGGAAUCACGAAUCCCACGGGGAAAGGACCCUCAUCCCACUGGGAAAAGGACCAUCAUCCCACGAGGAGCUGCUUCAUCCCACGAGGAGCUGCUUCAUCCCACAGGGAGACCCUCAUCCCACUGGGAAAGGACCCUCAUCCCACUGGGAAAAGGACCCUCAUCCCACGAGGAGAUGCUUCAUCCGAUGGGAAAACAGAAAUCCCCCGGGGAAAGGAUCCUCAUCCCAUGGGAAAAGGACCCUCGUCCCAUGGGGGGGAUGCUUCAUCCCGCGGGGAAUCACGAAUCCCACGGGGAAAGGACCCUCAUCCCACUGGGAAAAGGACCCUCAUCCCGCGAGGAGAUGCUUCAUCUGAUGGGAGAACAGAAAUCCCACGGGAAAACAUGAAUCCCACAGGGAAAGGAGAUCUUCAUCCCAUGGGAAAAGGACCCUCGUCCCACUGGGAAAAGGACCCUCGUGCCAUGGGGGGAUGCUUCAUCCCGCGGGGAAUCACGAAUCCCACGGGGAAAGGACCCUCGUCCCGUGGGGAGAUGCUUCAUCCCACGGGGAAAACCCGAAUCCCACGGGAAAACCGCGGGGGAAAGAGGGGGGGAAAACCCCCUUCCCGACGGAUUUCCAGCCUCCUCCCGGCAGCUGAGAGGCCAAAUCCGUCCUCUCCAUCUCCCACCGGCACCAAAACCCCCUUUUUUCCCCCCCCCGCCGGCCUUUCUUUUCCCCUUUUUCCGCAGGUUUUUUCCUAUAUUUAGGAAUUCCGGAAAACUCCCUGCAGAGGGUUGUUGGGUUUUUUUGUCCUCCCCCACCCACCCACCCCCCCGUAUUUUUUUCUGGGAGUUUUUCCCCGUUUUAUUUAGGAAUUUGCACCAAAAACGACUCCGGAAAACGAGCUUUACGGAGCGGGAUUCUUAAUUUUUCCGCCUUUCCGAGCAGCCUCGAAAUAUUUAAUAAUAAUAAUAAUAAUAAUAAUAAUAAUAAUAAUAAAAACCCCCAAAACAUCAAAAAACUCCUCGGGGGCUGGAAGAAAAAAAAAAAAAAAGAAAAAAAACCCCCAAAUUGCCUUAAUUUAAGCGACACCUUAAGCUCAUCCCGCCGCCAAACCCUAAACCGGGCUCGUUUUUUUUCUUUUUUUUU